UUUGGCACAGCUUCACCCGCUCCGGUCAUGAAGUUCGGAGCUGGAGUGUCGCCGAACAGGCUCUUAAAGAAUGCCUUAGCUUGAGGAUCAUGUGCUAGGGUGUAUGUGCGGUGAAAUUGAUAGACACGCUGCUCUUAGAAAGCAAUGCUCAAGCAUCUUGUUCUGAAUCCGAGUGGCGGCAUUCUCUUUUCUGCAUCUCCAGUUCAAAAAAAGAAGAGGAGAGACGGGCAAAGUUUUCCUCACCGAGACACCGGGCCCGGCAGCCCAACUUCUCUCUGCGUUGCCGCGAAAUUUCCAUCAAUUUCCCACUGCCUUACCCCCAAAAAACAAAAAAUUAAUUCCCCACUGCCCAUCGGAACCGGGGUGGUGGCAGUGCUCGGUGUGUGUUCGGCGAAAUGUCACCGCAAAGCUAGCGCAGCCAUGGUCGCGCCCUCCGUGCGCGUCACUCUGGGGGGAACCGACGGCCUUGAUGCCGCGCUUCUCCUCUCGGCGCGUGCGCGCGCGUGUUCGUGCGUGCCGGGGUCGAUUCCGGUCGCCGCGCGCGCAGGGUGCUCGGCGUAAUGACUUCCUCGGUUGCCUGUACUGCACCUCCUUCGGCGCUGUGCAGUGCGUGCCGACAUGCCGCCACUGAGACCGAGGUCAAGGAGAGGAGGCCGACAAGGACGGCUCCACUCCCUGGUCGCUCGCUGCCAUCCACUGGCCGGGUAGUCUGUGUGCGGUGGUGUCUUGACGCGGCCGCACCCGUGUCCUCGUACACGCGACGUCGCCGUCGGGGCCCCGGGGAGCGUAUGGAUUGCUCGUGCCGACCUGGCCUCAGGGUCUCCGAAGACGGCGCGCGCCGCGCUGUCGCGCACCCUUGUUUUGGCCAGGUAUGCACGUGGUCGCCCUCCAGCUGCGGGUCUCCAUCUGAAACUAUUGGUAGAUCAUGGAAUCUGGGUAAAAGAUCAGGUCCCCUCUACACACUACAGUAUAUGCACCAAUUGGUAAAAUUGUUAACUAGCAGUAGCGCAUGAUAAGCAAGGAGGUACAAGUCUUCCCUGACUUUAUCACUGUUUGCCACUUAUAUUUGUAAAAUUCGUUGAGAUCAUCUUAUUAGUUUACUGCGUAAGUUCAUUUAGGUUGAUGGCGGAUGGCAGUUAAGUUAUGCGCCAAGGCCAUGGCGACAAGAUUACCACAACAUGAUCGGUUGGAAUGUACUCCCUCUGUCCCAAAAUAUAAGAACGUUCUUAUAUUUUGCGACGGAGGGAGUAAUUUGUUGCGCACUGUUUCAGGCCGGUUCUGUUCCGGAGCUUAAUAAAUACACUGAAAUGCUUGAGGCAUGGGAUUUACUUGCCAUUCUGAUUUAUCAUUCUACUAUGAGAUGACCAGACCACAAGAGAGGACAGCCUUUCUUCUAAUGCCAACAAAGGAAUCAUGGAGUCAAGUCUAAAAGUUGCAAUUAUGUCGCGGCCGUAUCCUUUCUAUUGGUGGGAGAUACUCCAUUAACCAUUAUCAUGAUGAAACUGUUUCGAAACAGCCAUUUCUUAUUGGAGCGUACCAUAGCCACACACGGCAACUGUACACUGACCCUCCUGGUCUAUAAUUGUGGAAUAUGACAACCGUAAUACACAUAUGAAAGCAAUUGCUAGUCCCAUGGAUAUACAUAUAUGCCAGUCUCUGCCUCUCUCCCUCUCUCUCUCUUGGAUAGAAGCCUGAAGCCUCUAGUUUGCUCACAAGAAACAUGAAUCUAUGUGUAACAGCUCUCCUAUUCUACAUGUUCCAGUUGAUCCAUGGACAGCCUGAUUAUCUAGGUUUCAUAAGCAUCGAUUGUGGCAUCGAAGUGAACUCUACCUACCAAGAUUCCGUUUCAAAUAUGAUAUAUGUAUCAGACUAUAGUUUCGUCACCACUGGAGAAAACCACGGCAUCUCCUCAGAUUACGUAAAGCCAUCACUGGUGAAACGCUAUCUGAAUCUCCGGUUCUUUCCACAUGGCGCAAGGAAUUGCUACACCCUGAGAUCCUUGGUGAUGGGAAACAAGUACCUUGUUCGUGCCGCCUUCUACUAUGGAAACUAUGAUGGCCUGGGCAAACCUCCUGUCUUUGAUCUGUACCUGGGGACAAACUACUGGCAUGAAGUUAGCUUAAGUGAUGCAGGAGCAUUCAACUGGAUGGACAUCAUAGUUGUGGCUCCUGAUGAUUACUUGCAAGUUUGUUUGGUGAACAAAGGUAUGGGUAAUCCAUUUAUUUCUGGGCUGGAUUUGAGGCCAAUGAAGAAUACCCUUUACCCAGAGGUAAAUGCAACUCAAUCGCUCGUGCUGGUUAAUUCUAAUCGGUUCCACAUGGGGCCCACAGACGGUUCAGUAAUCAGGUACCCCUCGGAUUCCCAUGACCGCAUCUGGACGACAUAUAAUGCAAUUCCAAACUGUAUCCAGAUAUCUGCAACAUCUGUAAUUCAGAAUAACCUCAGGGAUGUCUACGAUGUGCCAUCGUCUGUUAUGCAAAAUGCAGUGACUGCUAAUAGCUCAAGAAUUGAUUUCUCAUGGAAUCCAUCUGAUCCAUCAGUGAACAUAAGCUCCAAAUACUUCUUUAUUUUCUACUUUGCUGAGCUGCAGACUGUAGGAAGCAAUGCAGUGCGGCAGUUUGAUAUCAUUAUCAAUAGCAAGACAUGGAACAAGCAACCUUACACCCCAACAUUCCAAGUCACAGAUUAUUUUUCUGGCAUUUUGCAUGGGAUGGAAAAUUAUAGUGUCUCACUUGUUGCUACUAAAAAUGCAACGCUUCCACCUAUCCUCAAUGCCAUGGAGAUGUACUUGGUGAAACCGAUAACUGCGGUUGCAACUGAUCCUGGAGAUGCUAGAGCCAUGAUGGCAAUCCAAGACGAUUUUGGUGUGAUAAAAAACUGGAUGGGUGAUCCAUGUAUUCCGAAGGCUUCCAUAUGGAGAGGAUUAAACUGCUCAUAUCCACCAGUAGGUGCCUCUAAAAUAACGGCACUAAACUUGUCUUCCUUUGGGUUGGUUGGUGCCAUCUCUACUAAUUUUAGAGAUCUCCAAGCACUCCAGUAUCUGGAUUUGUCACACAACAACUUGUCUGGUCCCAUUCCGAAUUUUCUUGGGCAACUUUCAUCACUGAUGUUUCUUGAUUUGUCCAGCAAUGAUCUGAGUGGACCAAUUCCUUACAGCCUUCUACAAAGGUCCCAAAAUGGGUCCUUAUCACUAAGGGUUGGUGAUAAUGUAAAUCUUUGUGGCAACGGUACUGCCUGCAGAUCAGAUCGAAAGAAAAUCAACGGGACACUUCUCACCGCAAUAGUUGUACCAAUAGCUGCUGCCAUUGCACUGUUUGUUAUCCUAUUUUUGCUGUGCCAAGUGCUCAAAGGAAAAGCUAAGCGAAAUGCUACUGGUCAUGAAGAUGAAUCAGCAUUACUUGAGAACCGAGAGUUCUCUUACAAAGAACUGAAGCAUAUCACGAAUAAUUUCAGCCAACAGAUUGGAAAGGGCGGGUUUGGACCUGUCUUCCUUGGUUACUUGGAGAAUGGAAAAUCAGUUGCUGUGAAAGUGCGUUCCGAGUCAUCUUCCCAAGGGGGUAAAGAGUUUCUGGCUGAGGCUCAGCACUUGACCAGGAUUCAUCACAAAAAUUUAGUUUCUUUGGUUGGCUAUUGCAAGGACAGAAAUCAUUUGGCCCUUGUUUACGAGUACAUGCCCGAAGGGAACCUUCAGGAUCAUCUGAGAGCCACUUCUACUAGUAAACCACUCAGUUGGGAGCAGCGUCUUCAGAUCGCCCUUGAUGCUGCACAAGGUCUUGAGUAUCUGCACAUCGCCUGUAAGCCAGCAUUGAUACACAGAGAUGUGAAGAGCAGGAACAUCCUCCUGACCACAGAUCUUGGGGCUAAAAUUGCUGAUUUUGGCCUGACCAAGGCUUUCAGCGAGUCCGAAACACAUAUAACCACGGAGCCAGCUGGUACUAUGGGCUACUUAGAUCCUGAGUACUUCCGCAGUUAUCACAUCAGUGAGAAGAGCGACCUGUACAGCUUUGGUGUCGUCCUCCUGGAGCUCAUCACGGGUCAUGCCCCUGUCAUACCAAUUAGCGACAGCAUGAGCAUCCACAUCGGGGAGUGGGUGCACCAGAGCCUCGACCAUGGAAACAUCGAGAGCAUUGUGGAUGCAAAGAUGGGAGGGGACUAUGACAUCAACUCUGUCUGGAAAGCCGCUGACUUGGCGCUGCAUUGCAAGCGAGACGCCUCCCGAGAGCGGCCGACGAUGGCGGAGGUGGUGGCGCAGCUUAAGGAGUGUUUGGAGCUCGAGAACCGUCGUGAUGGGAGGAGAAGAAGCUUGGGUUCGAAUGGUGAUGAUUCGACCUGUCCUGGAGAGGGAAGUGCACUUGAGAUAGAAGAAGAAGAAAAGCAGCAAGAAGGGGAGAUACAAGCGGCUGCUGGCCCUGCAAUGAGAUAAUAGGUUUGAUGAUCUUACACUAAUGCUGGAGAUUUAAGCGCUCUUGCCUUACCUUUCUGAUAAGCCGUCAUCUUGUCUUUCUUUUCGAUGUUCUCAAAUUUCUGGCAAUGCUUAGAUGGAGUCUGCCUGUUCUAGAGAAAAAGGAAUUGUGAUGAAAGAAGCUCAAAUGGAUUACUAGGGAAUAUAUGUUCUGAUUUGGACGGCCUGCCAGUGGUAGGCUUCUCAGUGUUUAGGGUGGCCUUGUUUGUUGGCACGUUCCUCUUAGUUGGUCCAUGUUUUUCAUGUUUCUCUCCUUCAGCGCCUCUUUGACGAGGUGCACGCCUGCACUGCUCAGCUCACCGGCGUGAAUAGGGCCUAUGUGGUCCUCCCCAAGGGCGACGGCAUCCCCUCGCCGGGAGCGUUCCGGCCGGUCUCACUUCAGAAUGGCGACGUGAAGAUCCUGUGUCGUGGCCUAAUCACCAGGGUUUACCGCUUUAGAGACAAAAAUCAGCCAGGUUGUCGACAUGGAUCAAUCAAGGUUUAUACUUUAUCGCAGGGAGGAGCACAUGCAUAUCUGAGAACUUCGUGUAGGCAUCUCAGUGCUGCCGCAAGCGCUCCUCCCCCAUCAUGGUUUUGAAGCUGGAUUUUGCCAAAGCGUUCGACUCCAUCAACUGGUGCAGCUUGCGGCAGGUCAUGGAGGUGUGCGUUUUCUCGACGCUCUGGUGUUAAUUUCUGGAUGGAGCUCAUCUGCCAUUCCUCUCGCCCCACGGUCCUUCUCAACAGGAUCCAGGGGAAGUGGUUCAGCGUGUGCCGUGGGCUCAGGCAGGGGUAUCCUCUUUCCCCCUACAUCUUCCUCAUCGUCGUGGACUUCCUCCAACAGAUGAUCAGGCAAGACAAUGUGCUUCAGCACCCCUCCCCUCUUGUUGCUGCAGUACGCUGACGACACACUCAUCAUCGUUCGAGCCUGUCAUGUGGUGGUCGUUCAUCUUUGUGGUCGUUCAUCUUUGUCGUAUUCUCAACAACUUAGCCAUUGCCACGAGCUUGAUGCUGUGCUCGUCAUCAACUUUAGAACAACACCCUUGUCCCCAUGCACGUCGACGCACUCGAGCUUGAUGCUGUGGUGGCUGCUCUUGCGUGCACAGUGGAGAGUUUCACCAUGGAAGCUUGGGCUGCCUUUGUCAUGGGACAAGCUCAAGUUGGCGGAUUUUCUGCCGAUGAUCGCCAAGGUUGACAAAUAUAUACCUGUCCGGCUAGUGAUCUCGUCUUCUCUCCCCCGCAGUCUACCUGGUCCUCAUCAACGCCGUGCUUGAUG